AACGGUGCGCCUGCGCACCAUCUUUGCGCACGAGUCUGCGAAACGUUAGGCCUAGGCUAGAAAACACCCGGAAAGGUUUCGAAAUAUUUUAGACUAGACGAGCUGAAGAAGUGUAUCAAGCUCAUUAAAGACAAAGAUAUGGGCUUUGAUCUAGCAGAGUCUUGGGAUGGUCUAAGGCGCCCUAAGGUAUCAAAAGGCCAAAUCUAGACUAAAUAAACUACAGCUAAUCUAGAUCUAGACUAACAAAGUCAAGAUGAUGCUUCAUUUCAAGAAUAGCAGAAGUUUGCAAGAACAUGAUUUCAGUAAUAGAAUGAAAAUAUUGGCAACUGAAUUACCCCAUUUUUUGCUGCGACUUUUAUCUUCAAGGUAGUGUAACUUGAGCCCCUAAUAGCUGAAAAGACUGUUUGCUUGCCUCCAGGUUUUGAUCAUUUUGUUUUAGACAUUUCUAAACAUGGAUGAUGAGAAAAUUGUUAUCAAGACUGAGCCAAUGGACAGUUUUGAUUGGGACAACCAGCAGCUAGACAUAGGGGCAGGCAAGAAAGAGUUGCCUAAACAAAGUAAGGAAAAUUCUACUUCAUUCAGUGCUGCGGAAAUUGCAGAAAAAGUAAAGAAUAUUAAGAGACGAUUGUCAAGUCAUGAUGAUUCCAAUGAUGAGUCCUAUAAAGCUGAUCACUAUGAUGAUAAUGUAUUUUCUGAAACUAUGUUGGACAAAGAAAAAAAGUGUAAACCAAGUCAAAUAAAAAGAAGUAUUUCAACUGACGAAGAUAAUCAGUUUCAAAAUAAAAGCAAGACAGAGAGAGUUUCUUUCAAAAGAAGUGAUUCUGAUAGCUAUGACACUUACCAUUAUCAUACUCUUGCCUCCAAACAAGACAAGAGUGAAGAGGAUUCCCAAAAUACUGUGGACCUUAAACCAGACAUAGCUGACCUAGAUGAUGAGUCCAGACCAGCUUCCAAAUCCAACUCUAUUCAUUCUUUGUCAGGAGAUAACUCUCUGGGCAAAACUUUAGCUACAAGCUUGCAGCUUAUUGCUACCAAUACUGCAUCCUCUCCAAUUGUCCCUAGUUCAGCCGCUGUUAACCAUACCCAAAGUAGGACAAGUCCUUCAUCUAGCUCUCAUUCUUCUUGUGCAGCUACCCAUGUGGUUGUGAUAUCGCCUGUUGACCCACCUCGUAGAUAUAGGACCAGGUCAGCUUCUAAGACUGAUAAACCAAAGCGGGAAAGACGCACGAGAAGUGCAGCUAAAAUAAGCAAUGCUAAAGUGAAAGAGAAGGAUAUGGAAAUGAUGAAACCACUUCUCAACAAAGAUGGCAGUGUGACACUCUAUCAGUGCGAGGAAUGCAAUAAGGUUUUUAACAAAAAGCAAACUUUAAGACAACAUUUCAUAACUCAUACCAACAGAUUUGCUUGUCCAUACUGUGAUGCACGAUGUAAAAGUAAAGGAGAUCUGAGAACUCAUAUUCAGACUCACACAAAAGAAAAGCCAUUCCAUUGUGAUAUUUGUAACACGGACUACACGCGGGAAAGUAUUCUUAGGAAGCAUAUGAAAACCCAGACCCACAUUAGAGCUUGUUAUGAACGGGACAACAUGCUGCGUCUGCAGAGUAAGGAACCUCCAAAUACCUGUGAAAAAGAGGUUGAUCAAUUUGUUCCUUCUCAAACCAAAGUGCGUCUAGAAGGUUUUUCAUGCAGGCAUUGUAAAAAAGUUGUUUUUUGUAAAUCUGAGUAUAAGAAGCAUGUCAAAUCACAUAGUUUUAAACAUGUGUGCAAUAUUUGUCAGAAAGGGUGCAUAAACGCCUUGCUUCUCAAAAUUCACAAACGCUCUCAUACCAAAAACAACCUAUUGUCUUGCAAAGUAUGCUCCAGAACCUUUGCUAACUUGUAUCGCCUCAAAGAACAUGUCAAGACUCACAAGUCACUGAAUAUAAAUAAACCCUCUCAAGAAAUGCUCAUCAAAGCUGCCAUUAACAAACAUAAUAAAGAUUUAAAACAAAAGAUGUCUACCGCCAAGUCUGGACAAACUAGCAGUGCUAAGGGUGGCAAAUUAGAAUGUGAAAUCUGUCAAAAAACAUUUUCCAGCGAGAAGCGGUUUGAAAACCAUAGCAGAGUGCAUGAGGGUACUUACGUUUGUGGAGUUUGCAAGAAAACUUUUGGGUCAGUGCCCAAAUUAAAAAUUCAUUUGCGAUUUCAUGGCAGAAUGUUUCACUGUGACACUUGUGAUAAGAGCUUUUUUGACGAUAAGGAUCUGCAGGAUCAUAUCCACAUACAGCACGUCAUGGAGAGAAAUUAUCCCUGCAAAAUAUGCAAUGAACGAUUUAUAACUGCCGGUGAUUUAAAGGAGCAUGUCAAUCAUCAUGCUCCAACAAUGCUUUUUAGUGGUGCGUCAUUGGAAGAAAGCACCAUUCCUGUUGUGAGCAGAACUGGUAAGAAAGGCACUAGCUCAGGGUUCAGUGUUUCCAAAUUUUCAGAAAGUGAAGACUCGAGUGAAGAAGAAACCAGAAAACAGCAAGAAAGUGCCAAAGGUGACUCUGAUGAUGAAAGUAUCCUUAGCAGCCAUGAGUUUUUUGAUAUUAUCAACAGUGCUCUGGAUGGAAGUGAUGAUAAUAUGAAUGAUUCUGAGCUCUCAGAUUCAGAUGAUGAUUUGUUUGAGGGCAUUAAAUCUGUGUUAGAGUCUGAAGUUCUGACUUCUGGAGAGUCUGACCUCGACAACAAAGACAGUUAUUCACUUCAGAAGCCUAUAAUGUACAGUCAUAAUGAGAUUAUAAAGAAACAUGCAGCUGAUUUUGACCGCUAUACAGAGAAAGAUGAGGAAACUAAAAGUUUUGUCUGUAAACUUUGUGACUUGCAAUUUGAGGAGAUCAAAUAUCUUAAGAAUCAUUUCAAAUGCCAUGUCUGUGAGUAUUGCAAUAAAUUCUUUACAGACAAAGAAAAACUUGCUGCCCAUAAAGCUCGUCAUGUCAAGCAGCUAUUGAAAGAAAUAAAAAACGAAGCUCAGCGUCUUCAUAUACCAAAACAAGGUUGGAAAGGUUAUUUAAUGGUGUCCUCAGAAUCAGACGAUGAUUUUGAAGACCAGUUUCUCAAUGAGCUGGAAGACAUUCUGGAAGGAGAACCUCCUAAAGUUCCCAGGUCUGUGUAUUUUCUCCACACACUAUCUCAUGAAGAGAUAGUGAGAGCUAACAAACAAAUAUUUGAUCAUUACUCCUGUUUGGAUUUAACCAACAACAUCUUUGCUUGCACUAUUUGUAAACGCAAAUAUGCCAGACCAACAACACUUACAAGACACUUUAAAACACAUGUUUGCCAGUUUUGUAACAAGUUCUUUGAGGACAAGUCAGAUCUAUUGGAACACAAAUAUCGGCACAGAAAGAAAGCUGCUUUAAUGAAAGCAGAAAUCACUGGAGAAGGUAGCAAAAUGCCUCCUUCGCCUAUUGUUUCCAAACAGAAUCGAGAUAUGUUCAAAAGGUAUUCGUACAUUGAUGCUGAGCGGAACAUUAACAGGUGUACUUUAUGUUGUAAAGACUUUGUUCGUAGGACUGUGCUCACUAGACACAUGAAGACUCACAUUUGUAGUCACUGUGAUAAAUUUUUUGAGGAUAAGUACGAUCUCGCCAAGCACACCUCGUUUCACAAAGUGGAGAAACAUUAUCUUGAUGAAGAUGAUGCAAACAAUGAGGACUACGCUGAGUUUGAUGAGGAGGAAAAACAAUAUUCAAACAAUUCAUCUAUAACUGGCAACCUGGAUGCUGAUGAGAAAACUAUUGCUCUGACUCCUUCAUUCUCAGCGCCAAUGGGUCACUUUAACCCCUCAUAUCACCCCCAACCUCCCUGCAGCAGCAGGAAUGACACCAUCACAUUCAUCCAGAUUCCCAACACAGAAGGUGGUGACAACUCCAGCACUCACGUCUACACUGGCUCAGGUUCUGGAGCAUCGUCGUAUCAGAUCAUCUCGCAGCCAGUCGAUGUCUAUAAAGACACGGCGCAGGAGUCCUUCUUGGUGGCCUCUACCAGCUGUCAGGGCCAAGAUGUGGAGAAGAUCAUUGCCAUUUCUCAGCCACAGAUUGUCACUUCUGGCUCCGAAAGCAGGGAGCGCUUAUUUGAAUGUGGAGAAUGUGGAAAGAGGUUCUUCAAGAAUGGUCACUUGAAGUCCCAUAUGACUAUCCAUACAGGUGACCGGCCCUUUGUGUGCCGCCUGUGUGGGAAGGCAUUUGGAAGGGGAACAACUUUACGCAAGCAUGAAAAGACUCACAUGAAGAGAUGCAAAAUUUGUGAUACAUCUUUUAAUCAUAAAUACGAGUUAGAUCUGCACAUGCAGAUACAUAGAACAUAUGCUUUCUAUAAGUAAUGAUUUCAAACAGAAUGGGCUGCAACUUUCAUGUUGACAAGUUUGAUUCAAAAGCUAAAUCUUUCAGUUUUCUAAAAUCCUGUUUAUUGUGAUAUCAUUACAAUUUAAAAAUGUGAAAUUCAUGUUGGUUUAUCAUACUGAGUGAAAUUGGCAUUGUUUUUUAAGCUAUGUUUACUUUCUAAAUUCUUUUCAUAUAUCCUCUCACAAAAUUUAUAGAAAAGAAAAAAAAACAACCUACUAAUAUAAUGUCUGUAGUAAAAGCCCCAUGAAUACAUCACCAUCAGUGUUAGACCAAUUACAGUAUUUUGUUGCAUUUCAUUUGAGAAACUUAAAAAUAAGACAGUUUAUUAAAGUAAAUAAAUAAUUUAUAUUGUUGGUUAUCCUGUCCAAGAUGUCAAAUAGAUUAUACCAGUAAUAAAUACAAUUUUAUUUUCAAAUUCUUUCUACAAAACCCAGAUUUGCAAACAUGUUUCAGAGGUAUUGUAAACCUGAUACUGCUAUAAUUAUUUUUACAAAAUUAUUUUGUAAAAUGUAAACGCUAAUAUUUUAUGAUGUUUUUAUUUUUCUACUCAUGUUAUACAUCAUUCAUUCAGUAAAAAAAUGAAUUUUAGAGUUGACAGUUGAUGGACCUACCCAUUUAAAUUUUAACCAAUCGCAUGAAAUGACGUUUGUGACAAUGUAUAAUUGUAGCCACCAUAAUAUGGGUUCAGCUGUGAUAAUAACUUUACAGAAUAUAUAUAUAUAUAUACUAUUGCUUUUUAUAUUUAAAAAAAAAUUAUCUGUAUCAUGAGCUUCUAAAGUAGAGAUGUCAAAUUUAUAGCCCUGCAUAAACUAUGGCUCAUGAUGUCUGCUACCUGGUUCCUUAAAAUCCUGCCUGGAGAGCAGAACUUAGUCCAUUGGAGUCAACUAUGUUUUGUGGUGGUGUGGCUUGUGACAUGCCAGUCAGAAAUGUAUACUGCUCCAGGCAUGGUUGGGCAAAGAAUUUCCCCCAUUUUUCUUCUGAAAAGUUUUGUCUCAAAAUAUUGUUUCCCAAUCACAAAUUUGCCUUGUGCUGGAUUCUGUGCUGAUAGAAAAGUUAUUUAUACAUCUCUGUAUAUUUAUACAUACCUGUUUAUGUAGCAGUUUACUAAAUUGAAUUGAAUGCAUAUUACUAGUAUAUAUAAUUAUAUAUAAUAACAGCAUUCUGUUAGACUUGGAAAAACAUUUGUUCUGGUAUUUAGGUAAUAAAUGAUUAUUUUCCGACUUUGAUAUUAUUCCUGUGUAGGUUUCUUUUCCCUUUAUUAGUAGUUUGCUUACAAUAGAAUUUUAUUGUGCUGUAAGUUUUGAACUGAUUUGUUUGGAUUGAUUUAGAAAGUAUACUUUGAAAACAGGUCUUUAAAAAAAAACUUUUUUCCUUUUUUUUUUUUUUUUUUUUGCUUACAGUGUAUGAAAAUAUUGACAUUUAGAUUGAAAGGCGCACUUUACAUGACUAAAGUAGAUUUACUGGUACUUCAAAUGUUAGGAGGAUAGUGCAUUUUCUGAAUAGCUGUUGCUGCAGUGCCAUUUUAUUCUUAAGAUCAGAACUUUUUCUGUCAAUCAUAAAUCUUUUUUUUUUUGGUCAUUAUUUCAUUGAAAUCAUCUUCAUGCAUUUUUUUUUUUCUGAUUUGAACAAUACACAUUGUUUGUUAAUUUUUGGUUUUGAAUUAAAGAUAAUUAAAUAUUAAUGUUUCAGUGGAAACUUGUUUCAUCAUAAUAGUUUGAUCUGGUGAAAAUUGGGUUGUCCAGAUAUUCAGUUUUAGUUGAAAGUUGUAUUACUGUGUUCAGUCUGUGAUUUCAAUAAAUGUAUUGAACUGAA